CGCGCCUGCGCUCCUCCUCCUCCCCCCACAGCUUCUAGCUGGAGCCGGACUUGCCUGUCGAGGGGCGUGCGCGCGCGCGCCCUCGCCCUGUUGCGCGCUGGUGUCACCUUGGGCGCGAGCGGGGCUGUGCGUGCUCGGGACCCAAAGUCGAGGGCCAUCAAGGGGAGAUGGCGGCAACGGCGAGUCCCGGGGCUGGCCGGAUGGACGGGAAGCCCCGUACCUCCCCUAAGUCCGUCAAGUUCCUGUUUGGGGGCCUGGCUGGGAUGGGUGCUACAGUUUUCGUGCAGCCUCUGGACUUGGUGAAGAACCGGAUGCAGUUGAGUGGUGAAGGGGCCAAGACUCGAGAGUACAAAACCAGCUUCCACGCCCUCACCAGCAUCCUGAAGGCAGAAGGACUGAAGGGCAUUUAUACUGGGCUGUCAGCUGGCCUGCUCCGCCAGGCCACCUACACCACUACACGUCUUGGCAUCUAUACUGUGUUGUUUGAACGCCUGACCGGGGCUGACGGUACACCCCCUGGCUUUCUGCUGAAGGCCCUGAUUGGCAUGACGGCAGGUGCAACUGGGGCAUUUGUGGGGACGCCAGCAGAGGUGGCGCUUAUCAGGAUGACUGCCGAUGGCCGGCUUCCAGCUGAUCAGCGCCGUGGCUACAAAAACGUGUUUAAUGCCCUAAUUCGAAUUGCCAGGGAAGAGGGAGUCCCCACUCUGUGGCGGGGUUGCAUCCCUACCAUGGCUCGAGCUGUCGUUGUCAACGCUGCCCAGCUUGCCUCCUACUCCCAAUCCAAGCAGUUCUUGCUGGACUCAGGCUACUUCUCUGACAAUAUUCUGUGCCACUUCUGUGCCAGCAUGAUCAGUGGCCUCGUCACCACUGCCGCUUCCAUGCCUGUGGACAUCGUCAAAACUAGGAUCCAAAAUAUGCGAAUGAUCGAUGGAAAGCCGGAGUACAAGAAUGGGCUGGAUGUUCUGAUGAAAGUCGUCCGCUACGAGGGCUUCUUCAGCCUGUGGAAGGGCUUCACACCAUACUAUGCCCGACUGGGCCCCCACACUGUCCUCACCUUCAUCUUCUUGGAACAGAUGAACAAGGCCUACAAGCGUCUCUUCCUCAGUGGCUGAUGUGGCAAGCUGCUGGGACUAGAGUGCCAGGGCCCCCAGGCCACCCGCUGCUCCUACAGUCAGUCGAUGUGCCCCGGGGGCCUGGAUUCUGCUACCCUGGGCUCCUCUAUUUAUUUUCCCUCUACAGUGUGGUUUACUCCUUUGCGGUAAAGAACUUUAAUCUGUUCUAACCCUGCUCCAGCUUGCCGUGCCUGGCCUGAUGCUUAGGAUCAUUGUCCCUGGCUAGUCCUAGGAGGACUUGAGAAACUUCCCUAAGGAUUUCCAGUUAUCUCUUGGGUAUUAGUUUCAGGGCACACAAGACAGCAGACCUCUCUCUCUGGAGAAACCAAGACAGAGCUGAGGAGACAGGAGAGAGUAGAAGUUAUCCAGAUGGCCAAAAGGGUCUAUGGUGGAUGUGGCUUCCUCCUCUCUGAGGACGAAAUUAAUAAAUUGGAUUGAUAACACCAACCCCAAAUCUGGAUAGUCUUGAGGAUCCUAGGGGGAGCUAACUGCACAAAGAAGCUGAUGUCUCUGGAAAACAAACUGGAGUUUUUAACAAAAAAAAUUAAAGAAAAUCACCCAUUGGUUUUAUGAAAAUA